AUGCACAAGAUACUUGUAAAGCUUGCUGAAUUUAUGACAAAACCAUCUGGUGAUGUAAAAAAACAUGUUCAAGAGUGUAUCGGGUGUGCCGUAAUUGUUAUGAAGCCGGAAAAAGUACAUGAAUUCUUACCUAUUCCAUUGAUCCCGAUGAACUUACUUUACACAAACACAUGUAUCCUGUCAGGGAAAAAAGGCAUUCGUUUUCUCUCUGGUGAGGAACUUUUCGAAGAUUGGGGGAUGAAUACAGUAAAGAAGAUGCAAGGGAAAAUGAAGGCAAUGUUACCAUGGUUAGAGGAGUUUUUGAAGCCUUUUAAUCCAGUUUUCUUUCAACUCUCCCCUGGAAACCUCCUGCUUUGUAAAGAUGAAGGUAUACCUUCAAAUAAAUAUGCUUUGAUACUGGAACUGGCAUCAUUGUUUGUUGGGGCAACCGGAGUUGAUUCUGAUGAUUUGAUAUACAAUUCCAUCGAAGAGUGUUUGAAGGAAGGGGUAGAGGAUGGGAUGCAUAUGCGGCACUUUACAAAAUCUUGGUGGAAUCUUCCGACAUCAGAUCUUCAAAGUUUAAGCAAGUUAUGGAUUUAUUACUUGAUAUUUCAUGUCGGAAAGAACAUUUAUGGUAUUCGUAUGCUGUAUGAAAUCAUAGUGAGGCCACAAGAUAAAAAAAGUAAAAAGGUGGCAGGCGAGAUCCUUGUAGAGACAAGUACCAUUUUAGAAAAACAAUCAUCUCCAUCAAAACCAGGAAAUUAUCAAGUAUUCAUCAGCAUGAUAAUGUUGUUACUCUUUUGGAGUCCUUAUCACGUAAAAGCUCCUUCUCACGUAAAAGCUGAUGCAGUCUCUGCGUUAUCUCUACUUGUAUCUGAUGACCCACAAAUCUGCCUUCUGAUGCCAGAUGUUGUGCCAUCAAUCCUUGGAUUGCUGGAUAAGGAAGACAACAUACAAGUUGUAAAAGUAGUGAAAUACUUGUACGACUUCCAUGCUGAUAUACUUGGUGGGAUUCUUCCAUGGUGGUAUGUUUCUCAACAUGAUAUCAAAUCAAAGGUGACUAUGAUUUUGGAGAUUAUGAUGAAGAAAUGUGGUCCUACAUCACUCAAAUCUCCUGUACUUGAGCAAUACCAAGAUUUUGUUAUGAAUGAUUUUGGGGUGACUGAUUUUGGAGAAUAUGAUACAGAAAGUUUUAUGCACCUGCCACCACUUGAAGAAGAUAAGAAGACAGAAGUAGAAAACAGUUGGGAAAAGGCAAUCUUUCACAAUGUUUGCGUGUAUACUGUGAGUGAUAUUGAGAUACUUUAUGAUCUGAACCACUUUAUACAUGUAUGA